GCUAUCCACAGCUACAUGAGUUUCUAGUUUACAGUCAUGGCUACCCCUCUUAGAACGCAACAAGUUUAUUGCUACUUUUGUCUUCUUCUUACAGUUGCUGUGUCAUGUACUGAAGGAACAUUAAAUGUCAAUGGCUCAGUUCGUCUGGACCUCAUCACAUUUUAUAAGAUCAUUUCCACCCAGCCUUUUGUGUUGGUGAAAUUUGAUAAAGAUUUUACAUAUGGCCUUAAUCUCCGGGUGUUUCAGAAGCUGGUAGAAGUCUCCUUGUCCUAUCCAGAGUUACUUGUAGCCACAGUAGAGAUUCAGGGUGAGUAUAUAACCAUACUGCCAAAUAUUGUUUUGAAAUUGCUAAUUCCAUCUCAUAUUAACAUAUAUGUCAUGUCAUUAAUUUACAUACAUCAUUCAUUCUUGUACAUUAGCUCCAUGUUGACACAGAGAAUUUCUGACUGCAAGCCUAAGAUCCCAGGAAUUUUCGGUAUCCCCAAGAUUCGACAUGGUGCUCCAGUUGAGUUGGAAGGAUGUCUGGCAGAAUAUGAUAGCCUCGUUUCAGAGUUUCUCUCCACAAUGAGCAGUAAGAAGCAAAAGAAGUUACUAGGAAGAGCCCGCAAAAAGGUGUCUCUUACACAAAAUGAAGAGGUUCAGUUUACUGCAAAAUUCUACACUAAGAUGUUGAGCAACAUAGCAAAGCAAGGCAUCAGCUUUGUGGAGAAGCAAUGCAGUCACUUGAACAGGCUAGUGGAGAAGCCAGAGCUAAGUGAGCAGGAGCGUAAAAAAGCAGAUCUGAAACUGAAUGUUCUGUCAUCCUUCAGUCCAUGUGCUGGAAUGACUGUGGUAUCCUAA